AUGGGCGGCAAAGGGCGCGGCAAGACAGGGCACGGCAAGGCCUGGAAGAAGCCCUCGCAGGAGGAAGAGAAGGCCAAGAGGACCUACCUGGCGGCAGUAAAGCCGGAAUGGGCCUUGGCAAAGAAUUCGCUUCGGCCCUAUGCUAGUGAAGACAGCUCUCCGUUCUUCACCGGCGGCAAAAGCGACACGAAGUAUUGGGAGCUCGGCCGCAUUCGCGAGGCCAUGGCCGCCGACACCGCUGAGCUAGCCAACCGCCUGGGCAUUGCGCUCUCGGAGUCCGGCGGCACGAUCUGCAUGGGCGCCGAUGUUCUCAAGACCUUCGCCUCCGGCGAGGAAGGCCUGGAGAAGCUGGGGUUCCGCGGUGCCGCGACGCUCCUGGGCGGCGACGGCGGCCUCCGCGACGCUGCCAAUGUCCUCAACAAGUACGGCACGCCUGUGGCGCGCGGCGCGCCGGAGCUCCGCCUGGCCGCGGAGACGCUCCUCGACUUCCUGGAGGACGACCCGGCGGGGAAGGCGAAGACCUUCCAGCGAGUGGCGCGGAGCGCGGCGAAGCUCUACUUGCUCGCCGUGGACCUGCUGCAGUGGCUGGCUGCUGCGGAGGACAAAAAGAAGUGGGCCGCCAAGUUCGAAGACGGCGAGGAUCUCCAGCCGCGGGCGGUGCAGGCUUGGCUGGCGAAGCCAAAGGAUCGUGCGAAGCUGCUCGCGGCCUUGGUUGCGUCCCAUGAGGCGCAGGUGAAGACGCAGAAGGCCAACGCGCGGGGCUCCUCCGAAAGCGACGAGGCGGCCCAAGAGGAAAGCGCUACAUCUUCCUCCAACAGCAAGGCCAAGAAGGACAAAAAGAAAAAGAAGAAGUCCAAGAAGGACAAGAAGAACAAGCAGAAAAAGGCUGCCGAGGCGAAGGGGAAGAGCUCCGAGGACGGCGGCGAGGGCACUUCGAAAGCGGAGAAGAAGAAGAAGCGUAAGAGGACCGAGGCCAAGAAGUCCAAGAAGAGAUCCUCCUCGUCGUCCUCGAGCUCAAGCCCGUCCAAGGAGACCGCGCUCCUGGCCGAGCUGGAAGAGGCGGCGCCAGACCCCGCCUUGAUCUGUUGGAGGGAAAGCGACGUGGCGCUUGCCCUUGCGGGUGCGGACCAGCUUGCAACACAGCCGAUCACGGCGGAGACCCUUGACCAGCUCAAGGGGUUGUUCGCCUUGAUUCCGGACGAGGUGCAGACGUCCAAAGGCCUACGUAAGAUCCAGGCGGCGGUCAAGGCCAUGGGCAAGGCUCCGGCCCGGGCGGCGCUGAACAAGAUUGCGGGCAGGGCGCGGGAGGUGGCAGAGGCGGCGGAGGCGCUGCACGCGGCCCACGCCCCGGAGAGCCGGCCAUCGGACUGA